ACUGGGCAAGCCGACUGUGCAGCCAGGAAGUGCUCUUGGGGACCCCAGGCCAAGCCAUCCCUUCUUGGGUCCUUUGGAGGGUAGACAUGGAUUCCCAGUUACCCCAGCGGCCGGCGCUCCCCCUAGUCCACACAGUGAGACUGUGAAAACAGAUACUCCGGGGGACUCCUGCACAGCUUUUGCUCUAUGGAUGAUGGGUGACCACAGACUCUCUGGUCAACCCCAGCCCGUGGAAAUUCUCAACCCGUACUUGGGAGACAGCCUGGAGCCCCACCCAGGAGAGCGCCCAAGGGAAACGUGCAGCCAUGAGGAUCCACCGGAGCCUUGCGAGGGGCAAACCUGGGCCACUGAUGCUCCUGAACCUACCAGACAAAAUGCUCCUCCCUGGGGCUCCAGUGUGGAGCUCACACACCUGGGGAGCUGGGUCCAUCAGGACCGGCCGGAGCCUUGCGAGGAGCAAACCUGGGCCACUGACUCUCCUGAAUCUACCAGACAAGAUGCUCCUCCCUGGGGCUCUGGUGUGGAGCUCACACACCUGGGGAGCUGCUCUGCCCAGGGGGAGCACAGGCAGAGCACAGCAUCACCAGGGUCACCUGCGAACAGCCAUCUACUGGGGAGCCCACAGCAGAACCGGAGCACGUCCACGCAGGUAGUGUUCUGGGCAGGCAUCCUGCAGGCCCAGAUGUGUGUCCUAGACCUGGAGGAGGAGCUGGAGAAGACGGAAGGGCUCAAGGCUGGGCUGAAAUGCUGUCUCCCCACACCCCCUGUGGACCUCCCUGGGGUCACGGGCCUGCACUCCAGCCCACCUGAGGAUGAAGACUCAGGGGAAGACAGCAGCGAGCCUGAGGGGGAGGGCCAGGCAUGUCUGAGAGAGGGAACCCCAGACUCUUCCCCACAGUGGGUAGCCGAGGAGGAGAGCAUGUUCUUCAGCAACCCGCUCUUCCUGGGGAGUCCUUUCUCAGAGAACAGUGCUUCUGGAGAGUGCUUUUCCUGGGGGGCUUCAGACUCCCAUGCAAGUGUGAGGACUGGAGCUGAGAGCCCAGCCACUCUGGAGACUCAGCUCUCAGAAGACACGGUGCUGUGGGAACUGGAAAGUGAGCCGGAUGUGGGGGACAGUGCUGCUACCAGUGGGCAUCGUACCCCUCCAUUCCCUGUGCCCGUCUAUAAACCACACUCCAUCUGCUGGGCCUCAGUGGCUGCCGCUGAGGGGGCUCCUGCAGCACCUCCUGGUCAGGGGGAGAGUGAGGGAGAUAGGCUUGGUCCUGCUCCAUCUGCAGCACCGUGUGUGGACGAAGCAUUGACCUGGGAAUCAGGAUGUAUCGGAUCUGAUCUUGGCCCUGCUGCGCAUCCUGUGCAAUCUUGGGCCUCUCCCAGCCCUGAGGGCUGGCAGGGAGGAGGUCCUUUUUGGCCCCAGGUGACUCUUAACUCCCAGGACAGAGAUGAGACAGAGGCUGGGCACCUCCAGGAAUCUGCUCCCACCUUGGCCCCCAGCCCCUGGAGGAGCCCAGCUUCUUCUCCAGAGCCUAGCAGCCCAGAAUCUGAGAGCAGAGGCCCUGGUCCCAGGCCCAGCCCUGCAUCGUCUCAGGAGGGCAGCCCACAGCUUCAACACCACAGCUCAGGCAUUUUGCCCAAGUGGACACUAGACGCUUCACAUUCUUCACUCUUGGAGACGGAUGGGGAAGAGCCAAGGUCCUUGAAGAAAAAGGAGGCAGGGGAGGCCCCAAACCCAGGCGAGGACGUAAAGAGUGAAGGAAUAGCCAGGCCUGCAGAGACUGGAGACAUCCAGCCUGACAUUCACCUGACUUCGGCAGAACAUGAGAGUCUGAGGACACCGAUGAACUCUUCUAGGCUUCCUGGAAGCCCUAUGCCCCAAGCACGGUCCCCAGAGGAAGGCCAGAGACCACCAGCUGGAGACAAGCUAGCUAAUGGCAUCAGGAACAACAAGGUAGCCUGGAACUUGGCCUCACGCCUCUAUCGCCUGGAGGGCUUCCGGAAGUCUGAAGUGGCUGCCUACCUGCAGAAGAACAAUGACUUUAGCAGGGCUGUGGCUGAGGAGUACUUGUCCUUCUUCCAGUUUGGAGGCCAGAGCCUGGACCGAGCCCUCCGGAGCUUCCUCCAGGCCUUGGUGCUCAGUGGGGAGACUCAGGAACGGGAGCGAAUCCUCUACCAGUUCUCCAGACGCUUCCACCACUGCAAUCUGGGGGUCUUCCCCUCAGUAGAUUCUGUACACACCUUGACAUGUGCAAUCAUGCUCCUUAACACGGACCUGCACGGACAGAACAUUGGGAAGAGCAUGAGCUGCCAGGAAUUCAUAACCAACCUGAACGGGCUGAGGGAUGGCGGGAACUUCCCCAAGGAGCUGCUGAAGGCCCUCUACUGGUCUAUCCGCAGCGAGAAGCUCGAGUGGGCCGUGGAUGAAGAAGACGCAGCCAAACCUGAGAAGGCCCGGCCGUCCCUGCCAGCUGGCAAGAUGAGCAACCCCCUCCUUCAGCUGGCUCAGGAUCCCACGGUGCCCACCUACAAGCAGGGCAUCCUGGCUCGGAAGAUGCAUCAAGAUGCAGAUGGCAAGAAGACGCCAUGGGGCAAGCGUGGCUGGAAGAUGUUCCACACCUUACUGCGAGGGAUGGUUCUCUACUUCCUGAAGCAGGGAGAAGACCACUGCCUGGAGGGGGAGAGCUUGGUGGGGCAGAUGGUGGACGAGCCCAUCGGGGUGCACCACUCGCUGGCCACCCCUGCCACCCAUUACACCAAGAAGCCGCAUGUCUUCCAGCUGCGCACGGCCGACUGGCGCCUCUACCUCUUCCAGGCACCCACUGCCAAGGAGAUGAGCUCCUGGAUCGCGCGCAUCAACUUGGCUGCGGCCACACACUCCGCGCCGCCCUUCCCCGCCGCCGUGGGCUCCCAGCGCAGAUUCGUGCGGCCCAUCUUGCCGGUGGGCCCCGCCCAGAGCUCCCUGGAGGAGCAGCAUCGAUCCCAUGAGAACUGCCUGGACGCUGCCUCGGACGACCUGCUGGAUCUUCAGAGGAACUUACCGGAGCGGCGGGGCCGCAGCCGCGAGCUGGAGGAGUACCGCCUGCGGAAGGAGUACCUGGAGUACGAGAAAACCCGCUACGAGACCUACGUGCAGCUGCUGGUGGCCCGCCUGCACUGCCCCUCCAAUGCUCUGGACCUGUGGGAGGAGCAGCUGGGGAGGGAAGCUGGAGGCACUCAGGAGCCCAAGCUCAGCCUGAAGAAGUCCCACUCAAGCCCGUCCCUGCACCAGGAUGAGGCUCCCACCACAGCCAAGGUGAAGCGCAACAUCUCAGAGCGCAGAACCUACCGGAAGAUCAUCCCCAAGCGGAACCGCAAUCAGCUGUGAAGCCAGCACCACCUCAGAGACACCGGCCCCUGCUCCAGGGUACACUUGAGAUGGACCUCCCUGGAGGAGACUGAUUUCAAUGAGUCCACCAUGACGGAUGAGGCACCUCCUUUCCCCGCUGAAGGACAAACCUCAUUUCCCUGUGGCCCUCAUUCUCAUGCUCACUGAAGCUUUCCUAAUACUGCUGUGCUGCCCCCCACCCCCAUGGCAGUCCCUCCGGAGCCCCAGUCCCUGGCCACGCCCAAGGGAAGAGGGAGGUUGAGGACUUGACUUUCCUCCCGGAGCUCAUCCCAUGUCACCCUGCAGGCCCCAGAAUCCAGACUGGCCUCAUUUCCUAGACCUGCUGGGAACUCAGCACUUGUUUAAGAACCAGUGCAUACGUGGUGUGGCCUUGGCUUCUGGGGGAGAACUUGGGGAAGCAGAGGCCCCUGGGCAACCCAGCCAGGGGAGCCACAGUCCUGAGAAUGGUCUUGCUCUGGGAAUUAGUUGAUCUUCCUGGGGAGGCCCCAGGAGAGUGAAUCAGGGACUCUUGAGAGAUUCCCAACCAGCCUCCUGUGACCCAGGGAGCAGGGUCGCUAAGGUCCUGCCCACUGAAGGGACAGCCUUCUGGGCAGGGACCUUGGGGGGCUUCAAGGGCUCCGCAUGGCUGUGGGGCCCCGUGCCUUUGUCUCCUUUCCCCCUACAGUCGUCCUUUCCCCUGAAGCAGAUGAAACAGUCUCACAUACCCAACUGCCCAUCAACAGAGCAGGGCUGAUGGUGUGAGUGAGGGCUGGGAGGGGUGGGGCCUCCAGAGCUUUGCAGCGAACCCUGGAACCCUGGGAACAAGGAGCCUUUGUUCCAACAGAGCAGGGAAGGAGGUUCUCUAGGUUCAGACCACUGGAGAGGAUAGAGCAGUAAAAGGUGGCGACAGUUUCCCUUAGGGGUCUGCCUGGCAGGAGCCACGGCUCAGGAGAGUUGUGAGGGAUGGGAUGGAGGCUGGAGACCAGGUGAGGCCCAGGCCAGGCUUGGGAGACUCUUCUGUGCUCCUUCCUACACAUGCCUUAAAGCUUCCUUCCUGUGGGGUGCCUGGACCCCUUCCCCAUCUCUGGCAGCUCAGAGGGUCUCUGCUGCUCUCCCCUGGGAAAUCCCCUCGUCCUGCCCUCUGGCUGCCUCCCAGCUGGACUUGUUCUCUGAGGGAGGUUCCGGAGACUCAUGGACUUGGGGCUCUGCCUGUAGGAAGGAGGCUGGGCCGGAGGGAGCAGCCACCAUUGUCUCUGUUCAGCCAAGUGUGCAAGUAGGCUGCCCGCCAAGAGGGGGCCUCUGCUACCCACUGCUGCCUGCCGGCUGACGCACUGCCUCCCUAGCCUUCCUGCUGGGCCACCCUCCUCCCUUCCCAUGCUUGUUGUAAUCAGCUCUGGGGCCUGGACCUCCACAAAGGAAGGCUGGCCCUUGGAGGCCAUGUUUGGGUCUCCGGCCAGGUCCUGGGGCUAGGCCAUGCACCCAAUGGGUGCACAAUAAAUACAGGUCAACAAAGA